GUCGCUAAGCCCUAUCGGUUUUGUAUCGCUUAGGCGGGGUGUAGAAUCGACCACCACUGUUGGUUCAAACUUGGUUGGACGAACUGGCCAACUUCCCAGUCCACACUUUACAACUUCAGGCUAGGCUCGACAUCUUACGUCGCUCGCUAUGCGCCUCCCACAAUCGAUGUCCCAAUGUCCGCCAACAAUAUCCCCAAUGGCAACUCCUCGGGGCCAACAACGCAGAAACCGACUAAUAAGCUGAACGCCAACUCGACCUCAGGUUCAGGUCCUUCUAUUCACGAUGCCUCCACGCUUUCCGACGUCCGCGCCGCAUUGGCUGCCCUACACGUCCGCGAGACCAGCGUAACAAGUCGCCUUAAUGCGCUUCUCUCCUCCCAAGCAGACCUAUCUCGAGAGUUAGGACGGCUCGAUCUACUCCGUGCGAAUCUAGGCUCCCAAGUUAUCGCAACAAGAUCUAUUAGCAAUGGCAUGCUUUCCUCAGCUGCCGACACUGCAGGUCGGCUUUCUAGCCGAGUUAAAGAUCUCGACUUGGAAAAGGACAGAGUGCAGCAAACACUGAAGGUAGUGGAACAGGUUGCAGAGCUCAAGGCCUGCGUCCAUGGAGUCGUCGGUAGCAUGGGUGCGCCGCAGGACUGGGAGGCCGCGGCUGGUUACAUCUCCCGCGCCAGCAAGGUGCCCGAACCCAUAAUACGCGGUGGCUUUGCGGCUUCUAUGGUACCGAGUGUUGAAGUGCCAGAUGCGCCGUGGGUGACUCUUGAAAACGCCAAAGAAAGCUUAUGCGGCCUGUUCCUACGGGAGUUCGAAAAGGCGGCCAAAGACGGCGACGGCGCCAAAGUCACGAGAUUUUUCAAACUAUUUCCUUUAAUAGGAAGAGGCGACGUUGGAUUAGAUGUAUAUGGGCGAUAUGUAUGCCAGGGUGUUGCUGGCACGGCUAGGGCGACUCUCCGGGCAGCACCUGGAGAUGCCGGGAAGAAAGAUGGGUUCUUCUAUGCUAAUGCUCUCACAAAGCUAUUUGAACACAUAGCUCAGAUAGUUGAAAGCCAUGGUGGACUUGUGGAGAGACAUUAUGGUGAGGGCAAGAUGGUAAAAGUUAUAGAGAGGCUCCAGAUGGAGGCUGAUGUGCAAGGCGGCAUUAUUUUGGAUUCGUGGAGUGAUGAGAGAGGUGUUGAUAGGAAACUCACAGAUGCAAAGAGUUAUCCGUUCUCUUUCCUAGUACAGAGCUUCCUUCCACCACAGAGAACGCUUACAGGUACACCACGUAUGAAUUCGCCAGCGCUAGGCGGCGGGACCAACACACGGAACAGCGAGGACGAAGGUGUGGAUAUGAAGGAAGUGGACAGUCUACUCAGUGAGAUCUCCGUCAUGCUUGGACGAUGGGCAUUAUACUCGAGGUUUCUUGCUGGGAAAUGCAAGGACCCAAAUACUCCCGAAGAUGCUCCUCUAUCAAUACCAGAGGUCGUUACGAAAUCUAAUCUUGGCCGAAAGAUCUCAGGAAAGCUUACAAUACCAUACAAUUCUUUGGCCAUGUUCUUUUUCAGGAGGUCUGUUGAGAAGGCAUUUCAACUCGACGAAUCACCUAGUGGCCUUUCACUCAAUAUCAACAAGUCUAUCGACGGAAAUGCGCCUUAUAUAAUAUCAGCUGUGGAUGAUAUUAUGUAUAUCGUCAGUACUAUAACCCAGAAAGCUAUAUCAACAUCGCAGCGCGACGUAGCAGCCUCGGUCAUCCCGGACGUCGGAAGAGUAUUAGGAUCCGAUUUCAUCGGAAUGGUACAGCGGAGAAUGCGAGAUGAAUCCUACCCCCAGCCGACAGUCCAAGGAGGCCUUCCGCCCGAGAACAAAAUUAUUGCUUUCAUUGUGCUCAUCAAUAGCUUGGACGUUGCAAAAGAUUACUUGGCUCGCAUCAUUGCAUCGCAGCUGGGCACUUCUCCUGAUCAACCUAAUGAGACAUCUCAAUCUAACCCCUUAGCAACAAAAUUCCCGUUCGAACACGACGUCACAUUCGUAACCUCAGCACUCAAUACACUGAAUUCCACGUUCGCUAUUAAGACUGGUGAACUGAUAUCAGAUGCCUUGAAAGUGCUUUUUACUUUUGUUGUCAAGCAAAGACUAAAGCCCGUUCUCGUCGAAGCCUUCCGCGAUGCAGAUUAUUGGCGGUCCGAAGAUGAACUCGCCGAAAUCGCCCGUCAAAAUGACGAAGACGAGGACGAGAUGAUAGAUCGCGUCCAGCGGAGGUUUGAGCGUGGAUGGGACGCACUAAUGAAACCAAUCGCGCGAUUGAUGACUCCUAAAACGUUUACCGCACUUGUGGAUCUCACGGCGACGGACCUGGCCAAGACGCUCGAGAAAAGAGUAUGGAGCUACAGCGGGAAGACGAGCGCGUACGGCGCAAUACGCAUGGACCGAGAUUUCUCGGGUAUAAUCAGCACCGUCUCCAGGGGGAACUGGUCUGUUAGAGAAAUGUUCGCGAGAGUAACCCAAAUACUUAUGGUCGCCAACAUGGAAGAAGAGGAGUGGGAAGAGCUAAGCAGUGAGGAUGGGGAAGACGGCAUUCAAUGGGUACUCAACGAGGACGAGAGGCGGAGAGCUAGGAAUUUAGUGAAAGCAUGAUGAAAAACCAUUAUACGCUUUAGAUCUAUGGUAUAUAGCAAGCGUAGGAUGUGUCUUGGUUGUAUGUACAAAGUCAUGAUAGACGACUCAAAAUAGGGGGCUGUUAAUGAGCCAUAUUCUUCCCAAUUACAAACAUAUUGAAAUUUGAAGUGUUCAUAUUGAUAUUUCAUG